GAACUCAACUUAACGAGUAACCUUGGACUGAGUUACACCUCCAAUGGUAGAAAUGCGCACACAGUGCACAAAAUCAAAACCCUAAACCCAAACCAGAGAGAUACCAAUUGAAUCUCACGGUCUUACCAUAGUUUUCGCCGGCGCUCGCUCAUCUCCUCUCUAAUCAACUCCUCCGCCGUCAUUCGCUAGUCCUCGCCUUCUCGCCGAGUAAGUUUCUCUUUUUCUCUCUCCGACGGUACACGAAGAGACUCCAGAGAAGAUUAUACAUGAUAGAUGUUCUGAAAUGUCAUCUAAUCCUGACCAAAUUCCUCACGCAGGGAAGAGAUUUUUACUCUGAAAAUUAAUCAGAAAAAUGUCUGGUGAAGAAGGUGUAGUUGCAACUGAGACGUCUCCAGUUAUGGGCGAGACCAUGGACCUCAUGACAGCCUUGCAGCUUGUGCUGAGGAAAUCACUGGCUCAUGACAUGCUUGUUCGAGGGCUUCAUGAAGCUGCCAAACUGAUCGAGAAGCAUACUGCGCAGCUGUGUGUACUGGCAGAGGACUGCAACCAGCCAGACUAUGUCAAACUAGUCAAAGCACUUUGUGCAGAUCAUAAUGUCCACUUGAUGACAGUGUCUAGCGCUAAAACCCUUGGCGAGUGGGCUGGUUUAUGUAAAAUUGAUUCUGAAGGCAAUGCAAGAAAGGUGGUUGGCUGUUCUUGUGUUGUUGUGAAGGAUUUUGGUGAAGAAACUGAGGCGCUUCAUGUGGUUCAGGAUUACAUCAAGUCCUGUUAAGGAGGCAAUUGCGGGAGGAUGUUUCCCUUUUUUUUUUUUUUCCUUCUCUUUCAUCUUGACUUCGAGGGAGCGUUUCUCUUGGUAGUUUUGAGGCUUUUCUUCUUCCAUUGUUCAUGAUAUAUGAUAUCGCAAAAAAGGCCGAGUAGCUCAUUCUAUUCUUCUUACCAUUAAUGGAAACGCUUGCUUGCCUAUGUUUGCAUA